UCUACUUGAAUCUUCAAAGCAAAACAUUUGUCUGUGAGCCUUUACAUCUAUUUUAUUCUACGCCCACCUGUUUAUUGUCAGAAUAAUGGGUUGGCUGGUACAUUUUUUUAAUCUUUACAACAUAACAGCACAUAACAUCACCAAUAAGAGAUUACUUAAUGAUAAUUAUGCACGGUUAGUCUGCGAUUGACAUGUUGUGAUCUGUGAUCUCUCUAAUUGUUUUUGUACUUUGGCUAUCAAGAAUCCUGCACAUAUUUACAGACAGCAGAGAGGGACACAGCAGAGUCUACUGAGUACAAAUACCAUCAUGUUUCAUCUAAAGAAUAUUUUUGCCUUGAUAUUACUGUCUGCAUCCAUUUGUCAGGCGAAAGCUGGUGGUCUGCGAGCCGCGGACACAUCUAAAGUCACAUUACAGCCAUGGCUGGUGGGACUGGCGGCUGUUGUUGGAUUCCUCUUUAUUGUUUUUGUCCUCCUCAUUGUGCAAAGACUCUUUUUCAAGAAAGACAAAGAUGAGAACGAAGAAAAGGAGGUGGAAAACCAUGCAUUUUAUGAAAACAAAGCAGCUGAUUUGGAAGCAAAUGAGGACACCAAGCAGACCAAUUUUUAAUGAGUAUCAGAGAGGGUCACAGUCAAGCAAAAUCCCUCUGGAUGUUAUUGCACAGCUUUGCACAGAGUAAUUCUUAAUGUAUUAUAAUUUGAGCAAUUUAUUUGCAGAUUAAGUCUGAACAAGGUUUAUAAAAUGAUGCAAAAGUAAACUUGGAAAAAAAAAAAAUCUCUUUUGAUAUGUUUUGUUUUUGCAUUUCUUUAUAUAUGUGUGUGUUGUUACUUACAUCGUCCUCUAGAUGGUACAGCCUUCACCUGGCCUUUGCCGGGUCAAUGCUUUCAACAAUCAACAUGUGGCACUCCAGUGUAAAACUGUAUCCUAAAGAAUUAAGUUGAGAUUCAUUUCUUGGCAUUUUCUCAAUGUAAUACUUUACUACUAUGGUGCAACUGAGCAAACUUACAUUUUAAACAUUAAUUUGGACAGUGAGAAUGUUGAAAGAAAAGAAUACUGGCUCAAUGAGUCACAGAGUCCACAUAAUGCUCUGAUUAACUGGGUUUUGACUUGUAUGACAUGUCUGGGUUCGGCAUGCAUGUAUGCUAAAUGGACAAGGCUAUGAGAUCCAUUAUUCAUUUUGAGUGGCAGUUUGGACAUGUAAAAUGCUUCCAGUGAAAUGAUGUAAGUUAUGCUAUGCUAUGCUUUUGGAACCAUUUAGUCCUCCUGCUUUUGUGGAAAGCUGAAUGCUGUUUCUCUGUACAUGAGUGCUCAAUAAUAAUAAUAAUAAUAAUAAUAAAAUCAUAUGCCAGGUGUUAAUGUGAGUUUAAUGGGGAGCUAAUAAUCAUUAGACUGUGUGUUCUGUCUCAGUGGUUGAAUUUAGUACAUAAAGUGCAGUGUUUAGAGUGAAAGUAGACUUUGGUCAGUCAACACCUAAAUUAACAAUCUGUGAACAGGAAAACUGGUAGGCUGUUAGUGCAAUAAACUCCCUGA